AUGGCGCUUGCGGUACAACCAGUUACAUCAUCAUCAUCAUCAUUAUCAUCGGUUGUUUCAUCAGUUUCAACUCGUUCAUCACCAUCUACUAUACGACCAAUGAUAAAUAAUUCAAAUCGAUCUGUAAAUACGAAAUUUAUUGUUGAUUGGAACUCUCCAUCUAAAACAACAGCAUUGUCAAAUAAAACAAAAACAACUGAUGAUAAUUUACAAGAUGCUUUUCGUCGAUUUCGUGAACAACGAAUGGAAGAAAUGCGUAUUCAACAACGUAUAGAAUCACGAAAGAAAAAGAAAAUUCGACGAUCUAAUCCGCAACGAAUGCGCCGUUUAAGAUUAAAAUUUGUUGAACAAGCUAAACGAUAUCUUGGAAUACCUUAUGCAAAAAAAUAUUUUGAACCUGGCACAUCUGAAUAUGAAUCUAAAUUAUUUCUUGAUUGUUGUGGACUUGUUCGACGUGUUAUGUAUGAUUUAGCAAAAGAUUUUGGAUUUACUAUUGGUCCAUGGAAUCAAUCAUAUAUGUAUGAUACAUUACCAAAAACAAUAACAUCUUUAACUGAUGUUAAACCUGGUGAUCUUGUAUUUAUAUCCGCUACUUAUUACAAUCCGAAGAUGAAAAAACAACGACAUGAUUUAACACAUGUAGAAAUAAUGUUAGGUGAGGGAGAAAAAACAAUUGGAGCACGAUGGAAUAAUGGAAAAGUACAAUUUUUUGAUAGCUAUAAAUUUGUAUCGAAAAGUUAUCAUUCACAAGUUUAUACAAUUAAAUCACUUGAUCCUUGGCUUAAAGGAAUAUGUAAAAGUUGUUGUACGGAACAUCCUUGGCGUCGACGACGAUAUAAAAAAGUGAAUAAAAAUUCGAUUUUCUUUUCACGUGAUCAAUCAAAUCGUGGUCAUCAUCAUCGCUCACAUAGUAGUAAACGAACAUCUUCACGUUCAAAAUCUCAAAAAAAUACGAAUUUAACUAUAUCAUCUACUGAACAAAUUACGACCAAUUUAAAUAAUGAACAAUUACCAGUAUCUUCAACAAUAGAUAUUGAAUCAAUUAGUGAAGAUGAUGAUGAUGAUGAGGACGAUUCAAUUGAUAUUCUUGGUAAUCAAUUAACUAAAUUGAAUUGUCAAGGUGAAGAAGAAGAAGAAUGUGAUGAUUCAGAUUCUAUGGAUGAUGCCUUAAAUGCUGAACAAUUCGAUGAUGAUAUUGAAAGUAGUAUUGUUACAACAACUACAACCACUGUUCAGUCAUAA